AUGACUAUUAGUGCAUUACCAUUUCAGUCUACCUUUGCCAGCCAUACAACACAAACAACGACGUCUACUUCCACGAAUACAGAAAAAGAAGAAAUAUGGUCCAGUAUUUUGUCGAGUGUGGCCUCAUCUAAAAUGGUUUCAGCGAAAAAACUCUUAAUUUUGGGCGAUCCAAAGUGUGGUAAAUCUACGUUGAUUCACUAUUUAAAAAAUGACCCUGGACCUCGAGUAUUCAAUAAUGAAAAUGGAGAAGAGGAAGUGAACCAGGAUGGCAUUCAUCAUGCUUCCACUUCAGUAUCAGUAGCAGCAGAUGGAGGAGGUUCAGCUAACAAUCAUUUUGGUAUUGCAAGCAGUUACGGCGUGAAUGGUGGACUACACAACGACGACAAUACAGAUGAGGCAACCCAUACCUUAGCGUUAGGUUAUACUUAUAUGGAUGUGCAAGAUGAAGAAAACGAAGCUAUUGCUCGGUUAGGCGUUUAUCAAUUAGGAUUAUCUGCAUCAGAAUACAGACCCCUAUUGAAAUUCGCGCUUUGUCCAGAAACAUUGAGCGAUUCAGCUGUCAUCAUUGUGUUAGAUUGGACGCGUCCUUGGACCUUUCUAGAGACAUUAGAGAGAUGGAUAGAUGUAUUAGAGUGUCGUCUGAAUGAAAUAUGCAAAGGUGGAUCCAACGAGCAUACUACGAGGAGUAAUUGGAGUAAAGGAAAAGUCAUUGUGGAUGAGUUGAGAGAGAGGCUUCAGCAUUAUUUGCAGACGUAUACGGAGCCUUUGACAGCAACUACAUUUAAUUCCACAAGUGCUAAUGCCAAUUCUAACUCGACAGGAUCGGACGCCAACGAUCCUUCAGAGGACGAUACAGCCUAUACAAAUACAAAUUCAAAAGCUGCAGCAACCAACACCAGCUUUGUACCCUCACCGCUAGUCAUUACAACGACAGCUGUUGAGCAAGUGACAUUGCCCCUAACACAGGGCAUGUUGACGAAUAAUCUAGGAGUUCCUAUCAUUAUUGUGUGUUGUAAGAGUGACGCACAAAACACUCUCGAACAAACACUUGAUUACAAAGAAGAACAUUUUGAUUUCAUUCAACAAACACUACGAUGCAUCUGUAUGAAAUAUGGUGCCGCAUUAUUUUAUACCUCUACUUUACAGCCUUAUACCUUUCAUAAUUUACGACAAUAUAUCCUCCAUCGAUUACUCUCAACACCUAACAAACCAUAUCCAUUUAAAUUAAAAGCGCAAGUGGUCGAACGUGAUGUCAUUAUCGUGCCAGCAGGAUGGGACUCUUGGGGCAAAAUACGUAUUCUAAUAGAAGCGUUUGAUUGUGAGGCAGUCAAUGAGGGCUGGGAUUCGGAUAUGGACGCCGUCGUAGACAGACAGCAGCCUUUACGUGGUGCACGAUCUAACUAUGAGGAAAUUAUAGAGAAUCCAAAUGCAACAGAUCAGCCACUGAAUAAUAUAUCUCCACCAGUCACUUGCGAGGAUGAACAAGCAUUUUUGGAGAGACAUUUCGAAACACUACAACAAUAUGGAAGCGAUUAUUUACCGAAAAGGAAAGGCACAGGUGCCACGCCUACUCAAAGACCAGGCAUUGUCGGUCCCAUCAGUACGGCAAGCUCUGUCAAUGAUUUAUUCAUGCGCUCGGCUUCUGGUGUUACAGAAGAUCGCCUCACCGGCGCUAGCAAUAACAAUGCAACAGCCAGUGCUCUCAACAGACUAGCCACAUCGAGUAUGGCCGCUGGUGCAAGUAUUUUGGGCGGUAAUGGAAAUGUUGGCAGCAGUGGUAGUAAUGCCUCCAAGCUACUGUCUUCCGUAGCCAAUGCUUCUGCCAUCGGUGGUGGUGGCGUUUCAGAUAACGCAGGUGGCGUGGGCGGUUUGAGUAGUAUUCAUCAAGCAGGCAAUGCUGGUCCUUCUCAUGAAGUCUUGGCCAACUUUUUCCAAUCCCUCCUCGUCAAAAAGGCUUCAGGUGGCGCUGGUAGUAGCAGUAGCAAUGGAGCUAAUACGACUGUCACAAACUCUUCGAAUGCUCUAAGUGGUAAUAGCUUACCUGGAGGAGACGAUACAGUAAGUAAUUCAAUACUCCUUUCAGGUACUGCAGAGAUACCAUCGCGACCUACCGCUAGAAGACCCACCGUUAGUAGAAAGGAUGUGCAUAAAGAAUUGGAUCGGAUGCGCCAAUACGUAAAUAAUAGUUAA